AUGAAAAGAACAGAUGUGCGAAUAGGGAAUCAGGGUGAAGGAGCAGGAAAACUUUUAUCGCAAUUAACUUGCCUCUUAAUCUUAUCGACUGUUCCUUUUAUAUCUUCGAUAGAAGGAGAUUUCGUAUUCGAUGAUCAGGAAUCAAUUGUUAAUAAUCCCGUUGUUCAAGGAAAUGUUCCCUUACGUGAGAUUUGGUUAAGAGACUUCUGGGGCCGUAUGAUAGCUUCACCUGGCAGUCACAAAAGUUACCGACCGAUCACCACAAUGAGCUUCAGACUUAAUCACGUAAUCCAUGGAAAAUCAACAUUUGGAUUCCAUCUUUUCAAUAUUUUAUUGCAUGGAGCUGUGGUUUUUCAACUAUUCUUCUGCGUCAAGCUCUGGGAAAAAAGUACUUCAACUUCACUAUCAUUUAUGACAGCCUUGCUUUUUGCUGUUCAUCCUAUACAUUCCGAAGCGGUUUCAAACAUUACUGGACGUGCAGAGCUCCUUGCAACCUUUUUUGGUUUGGCUGCUUUGUACAUAUUUACCAAAUUUAUACGAGACAUGGGGAAAGUUUCACUAUCCUCUUGUGCAUACUCUUUUCUGAUAGUCCUGUCAAUGCUUAGUAAAGAGCAAGGAUUUUCAGUACUUUUGAUCUCCUUCUUCAUAUCUCUACUUUAUGAUCGAAAGAAACUUAAACAGAUUACGAUUCAAUUAUUUAUAACCUCAUUCGCUCUUAUUUGGUUCCGGCUCCACAUAAACGGCUAUAGUAAUCCUGUCUUCUCAAAAUACGAUAACCCUGCUGCUUUUCUGGAUAGUAGAAUGUACCGGGUAAUCAACUACUGCUAUCUUUGGAGCUAUCAUCUGUACUUACUGGUUUUGCCAAUUAAUCUAUGUUUUGACUAUUCGAUGGGAUCGAUUAGUCUGAUUACGACACUGUCAGACUUGAGAAUACUAGCAGUUCCAUUCAUUCUUGGUUUGUUGUUGACUGCUCUAUAUCUAUAUCUUAAAAUCAAAAAAGAUUUACAACGGCUUCUUGCUAUUUCUGUAAUCAUAGGAAUCUCUACUUUUCUUCCGGCCAGUAAUAUCUUUGUAACAGUAGGAUUCACUGUUGCUGAAAGAGUUCUAUACUUUCCAUCUAUUGGAUACUGCCUUCUCCUCUCCAUCAUCUUCACAUUAUUGAAAAAAUCAGAGAGAAUAAACUGGUGGCCAAUGAUGUGUAUUUUAGGAUUGGCUUUACUCCAAUGUUAUAAGAGAGGAGAAGACUGGUCAAGCGCGCUGUCGUUGUACUCGAGCGGAUUACGAGUUUGUCCUGAGAAUGCGAAAAUUCACUACAACCUAGCUAAAGUACUCGGUGAAACAGGAGCAGCGAAUGAGGCGGAAGAAAACUACUUGGAAGCAAUAAGACUGAACCCACGCUACGAACAUGCCUUUAAUAACUUAGCCAAUAUAAUGGAAAGGAAAGGUCAGAUUAAAGAAGCAGAAAGAUUAUUACGGAUAGCGGUUAAACUGCAACCUCGUUUCGCAACAGCGUGGAUGAAUUUAGGCAUAACGCUUAUGAAAAAUGAAAAGUUCCAGGAGUCUGAAAUGUCCUUCAAGAAUUCAUUAGCCAUUCGACCAUUGUCUGCAGAUUGUUUUUUCAAUUUAGGAAACUUAUACCAACGCAUAGGACGAUUAGAGGAAGCGAAACUGAGUUGGAUGAACGCAACAAGCAUUGAUUCUAAUCACUCUUCCGCGUGGUCAAACUUAUUUGUGGUUUUGGAUGAAUUGCGAGAUUGCCAAGCAGUGAUUAGUUUAUCAUCCAGGGCAUUAUCAAGCGGAACAACCAUACCUUCGAUAAAUUCCCAAAUUGCUAUCUGCCAUGCCCACAUGGGACGUUAUGAAAACGCUGAGGAGGCACUAUUGAAUGGAAUACAGAAAAAUCCAAACAGCGCUCUAUUACAUUCGAACUUAGGCAUACUCUACCAAAAGUGGAACAAACUUGCUCUAGCAGAAGAAGAAUACAAGAAGGCCUUAAAAUGCAAAAACGACUUACCGAAUAUUCGAAAAAAUUUGGAAACGCUCCAAUAUAGGAUUAGGAACGGCACUCGACUCCAUUAA